AGGGAGCGGGAGGGCGGGCGGGAGAGAGGGAGAGCACGAAAGCAGCGCCAGGAGCAGCGGCAGCAGCAGGGCCGGUCACCCUCGCCCCCUCCCUGCUCCUGUGCACGCCAGUGCAAGCCAUGUCCUAUCCUCAGGGUUACCUCUACCAGCCCCCCGGCUCGCUGGCUCUGUACUCCUGCCCGGCGUACGGGGCGUCGGCGCUGGCGGCCCCCAGGAGCGAGGAGCUGGCCAGGUCUUCGUCGGGAUCGGCGUUCAGCCCUUACCCGGGAUCGGCAGCUUUCACCGCCCAGGCGGCGGCCACAGGCUUCACCAGCCCGCUCCAGUACUCCACAGACCCCGCCACGGGAUUCCCCUCAUAUAUGGGCUCCCCUUACGACGCCCAUACGACGGGGAUGACCGGAGCCAUCAGCUACCACCCGUACGGCAGCCCUGCCUACCCCUACCAGCUCAACGACCCCGCGUACAGGAAAAACGCCACCCGCGACGCCACGGCCACGCUGAAGGCCUGGCUGCAGGAGCACCGCAAGAACCCCUACCCCACCAAGGGCGAGAAGAUCAUGCUGGCCAUCAUCACCAAGAUGACCCUCACCCAGGUCUCCACCUGGUUCGCCAACGCCCGCCGGCGGCUCAAGAAGGAGAACAAGAUGACCUGGGCCCCGCGGAACAAGAGCGAGGACGAGGAUGACGACGAAGGCGAUGGGGCGAGGAGUAAGGAGGAGAGUCCCGAGAAGAUGCCCGAGAGCAACGAAACCUCCGCGGAGGACGAAGGGAUCAGCUUGCAAGUCGACUCGCUGACGGACCACUCCUGCUCCGCCGAAUCGGACGGCGAGAAGCUGCCCUGCCGAGCGGGAGACCCCCUCUGCGAGUCGGGCUCGGAGUGCAAAGACAAGUACGAGGACAUCGAGGAGGAGGAAGAGGACGAGGACGAGGACGAGGAGGAGGACAUCGAAGAGGAUGACGGCGGCGGCGGGGAGCGCGACCCGCCGGCCAAGCCCGCCACCUCCUCGCCGCUGGCGGCCGUGGAGGCCCCGCUCCUCGGCCACCCGCACGCCGACGCCGCCCGCAGCGCUAGCAAGGCAGCGCUGGGGCCCCGCGCCUCCCCCGGCCCCCCGACGCCGGCCAGCAAGCCCAAGCUCUGGUCUCUGGCCGAAAUCGCCACCUCGGACCUCAAGAGUCAGACCCUGGGCCAAGGCUGCCAGCCUGCACCGCUCUCCUCGGCCACCCCCGCCUCCGCCCCGCACAGCGCUGCCUACUCGCCCUCCUCCCUCCUGGGGAGGCAUAUUUAUUACACCUCACCUUUUUAUAGCAAUUAUACAAACUAUGGGAACUUUAACGCUCUGCAGAGCCAGGGAAUCCUGAGAUACAACUCCGCAGCAGUGGCUUCAAACGAGGGACUAAGUCAGACUGUCCUAAAUGCCAGCUCUGUCCACAAACAGAGCAGUGACUCUUUGAAAACGAUCACUAACCAGCUAGAACAACAUUACAGGCCCUCUAGCUAUGACUCUAAGAAAGAUCCCACUGAAGUCUGCACAGUAGGAGUACAACCAUACCUAUAGAAGUGCAAUCACACAGCAAUGCAAGUAGGUGUCACAAUUGCUUUGAAAAAAGUCAGCAAGCCAUCAUCUCUCCCCGAGCUAAUAUAUAUAACAAAUCUCUAAAUCCGGAUCACAUCUGGUGCCACUGUAUAAAAGAAGACCACAGAGCACUAUUAAAUCUUCAGAAUCUAAUUAUUAAACCAGAAUUUUGUUGGACAUAUGUGAGUUUGCUGGUAUAGUAUAGUUUCCCCAAUGUAUGUGUGACUUUUGAAAACAGAUCUGUUUUUCUCAGGAUAUCUUGAAUUGAUCACUUCAUUGCCACGGUAUCUAUUCGAUAGGUGUGAUAGGAUUUAUUGUAAAAUUUAUUUGUAAAAGAUGUAUACAGUAGAGAUAAUAAAGACGUGAUUGGAGAACUUGAGUCCUUACAAAGUGGAAACAAAUUUGAUAUUUAUUUUUGUAACGAUAUAAAGCUUCUAGUAAUUUAUGCAAGUUGUAUUGCAAUGAAAUCUGAACUUUUUGUAAAUAAAUUUUGCCUGGUUUUUAUUUGAAACGUUGAUGGUUAUACAAUCUUUGGUUGUUUAACAAGAAUUCUUUACUAAUUUAUAUCUCUAAUUGUAAAUAAAACAGACUAGUCUGCAACA